AUGAGCAGUACCACGCUUUCAAAUGAGAAAUACUUGGAUGCUCACAAUAACAAAUCUUACCCAGCCGAACUUUUAGACCAAUCCUCCGUAGAGAGACGAUUCACUGCCAAGAAAGCUACAACGGAGGAUAAUUAUUCGAUUCACUCAAAAGCUGAUCAACUCUCAGUAACUUCCACAGCUAUUCAUAGAGAAGAGUCGAGAUCAAAAGUGUUUUCAAAAUGGUGGUCAAAAGUAAUGGGCGAUAUAUAUGCCAACGAUGAUCCACACAGUUACUCAAAAUUAAGGAAAAAUCUGAUUAUCUUCAUUGUCGCUUUGGGCGGCAUCAGUGGCCCCAUCGGUAGUAUGAUCUACAUGCCUGGUCUAGUUACAGUUUCAAGAGAUUUGAAUACACCGAUGACGGCUAUUAACGGUACAGUUUCUGCGUAUGUAAUUUGCAUGGGCAUUGCACCGCUAUUUUGGGCUAGCAUGUCGGACGCCUAUGGAAGAAAGCCCAUGUAUAUUUAUAGCUUGAUCAUUAGUGUUGUUGCAGCUAUUCUUUGUGCUGUAUCCACUAACAUUGGUAUGCUUAUCGUCUUCCGUGCUGUUCAAGCUUGUGGCAGUUCAUCGGGCCAAACGCUUGGUGCUGGUGUAAUUGCUGAUACAAUCGCUCCUCAAGAUCGUGGCAAAGCUUACGGUAUCUUCUAUAUAGGACCCUUAUUAGGCCCUGUAAUUGGACCUACUAUAGGUGGUGUCCUUUGUCAAUACUUGGGCUGGCGUUCAACCUUUUACUUUAUAGCUAUUCUUUCAGUGGUUCUUUUGCUUUUGAUCUUAUUCUGCCUUCCUGAAACACUCCGUAGAAAGCAGGUCGAAAUUGCUCCGGACGAAGUUGGUCAAGUGGUUGUCAAGAAAGAAAGGUUUAAAGCACUUGAAAAUUUAAAAGCCGCUUUUGCACCAAUGUUGGUUAUGCUUGGUGACCCAACAGUUGUUGUUAUUACAAUCUAUAAUACCAUUAUUUUUGCUUGCCUAUACUUUCUUACACCUACCAUUUCGGAAACAUUUGAAAAACUUUAUGGUUACACUUCUACCAUUGUAGGUCUUUGCUAUCUUGUUUUCGGUUUCGGUCUCAUGUGUGGCUCUGUCUUGAGCGGUCGAUAUUCAGACUUUUUGGUCAAGAAAUUACGCGAAAAGAAGGGACCAGAAAAUAUCUAUCCUGAACUAAGACUACGAGCAACUUUCCCAGCAUUUGUUUUGAUUCCUAUCGGUUAUUUAAUUUAUGCCUGGACAGCAGAAAAAGGUGUUGGCGUUUAUGGACCCUUAAUUGGUCUUUAUAUCUAUGCUUUAGGACAAAUGUGUGCUUUUACCCCAACUUCUGUUUAUCUGGUAGACUCAAAACCGGGCAGGUCUGCUAGUGCUGUUGCCAUCAAUAAUUGUGUCCGUUCCAUCGUUGGCGCUAUUUCGACUAUUUUUUCAAGUAGUGCUGUUGAAGCAGCGGGCCCAGGAAUUCUGUAUACGAUCCUGGCUGCAAUCAAUGUAGCUAAUUGUCUUACUGUUGUGGCUGUAAUGAUUUUUGGAAGAAAAUGGAGGACGGAUUUUGAAAAGAGGACUGGUACAGGCUUUGAAAGCAACAUCAAUGCUGAACCUACGUCUAAACCAGAAAGUAAAGAAAGGAGAAGUUCUGCAGAAUAUGCAGACGAGUUGUGUAUUGUCCAUUCUAGAAUGAGUGCCGUAUAG